AUGUCUCGUUAUAAAAUAGUGCUUUUGUUUGUUGUGUUGUGCUGUGGAAUUGAUUUGGCAAAGUGUAACGUUGGGAAGCGUUUGAUCUGUUACUUUUCGAGCGACUCGCCUAAAACGAAGGGAUACGGAAGGUACACGGCGAACGAGGUCCCGGUGGAGUUGUGCAGCGAUGUGAUCUACCGUGGGUUAGGGUUUCCCGAGUGGACGCGUGGGUCUUACCAGUUCAACAAUGAGGAAUUGCAGCGACUUGGAUCAUACAUGUACACAAUCAAAGGAAGAUCGUCGACUGUGCGCAACAUCGUCACUGUGUUGGAACGUGGUCAGGAGGCCUUGUCCUACUCCAUAAUGUCGGAGGUUCCCGAACGUCGAGGGGCAUUUACGCGGGCCAUCCUUCGUCUACUGGAUCAGUACGGUCUCGACGGGGUGGAGAUCGCCUGGGAGUGGCCCGGCACGAUGGUGAAGUUUGGUGGUAUCUCCAGCGAUCGAGAAUCAGUGAUAGCUCUAUUGACAGACUUGCGUUCAGCGUUGAGAAGUCGUAACAAAGAGUUGUUCUUCUUCGGGGCCGUAUAUCCCAAGGUGCUCAGAGAGUCCUACCGGGUGACCAGUAUCUGCCAGGUGGUGGACUAUGUGACGUUGUUCACCUUCGACAUGCGUCCACACACGAACAACGUGGCCGAUGUGCACGCACCGAUGCGCAAUAGGUCUUUCGAAACGGAACCGAAUCGGGCCAAGACCAAUGUGGUUGAUGGAGUUGAUACCUGGAUCGAUUUCGGAUGCCCUCCGAAGAAGAUGAUCCUUGGAAUAGGAUUGUUUGGGCAAGCUUUCACCCUGGCAAACCCCGCUCAGUACAACGUGGGUGCUCCGGCAGUUGGGCCCGGAGAGGAAGGCCAGUAUUACUACGGUGGCUACUAUCCGUACUAUGAGCUUUGCCUUCUGAUUCGAAGCGGAUGGACCCUGUUCUAUGACUCCGUGGGACAGAUGCCCUUCGCUGUGCGUGGAAAUCAAUGGAUGGGCUACGAGGACACCAACUCCAUCGCGGCGAAACUGGACCUCGUGAAGGAGAAGCGCCUUGGUGGUGUGGUGCUACAGUACGUGGACUACGAUGAUUUCUGGGGAUUCUGCGGAAGUCGCAACCCUUUGACCAGCUUUAUCUAUCAGCGUUUGCGGCAGAUUCCGUCCGACAUUGGGUUUGCAAUUGAGUGGAGCUAA